GUGCAGCAAGAUGAGCAGCAACAUGAACGUGUCGGACGCGCUGCCCGAGCUCCUCGACGUGGUCGACGUCCGCAUCCGGCCAGCCGUUGGCAGCUCGUCUCUUUCCUCGAGCGUGAGCGCAGGACCCGCGAGCGCGCUGCAGUCGGACGCAAUGACCCUCGACAUGAACCGCAUGGCGAUUGCCGUCGACCUGCAAGAAUGCUGCCUGCCGCCAGGAUGGCGGGCGCGCUACUCACCGCACCAUCGAAAGGUCUGCUACUUCCACGAGUCGGGUAUGCAGCAAUGGACUCAUCCCAGUGCGCCGUAAACGAAUCGGCAACGCCCACCUCUUCCACAGCACGUGCUCGGAUGGAAGAUUCACUCGACCGCCGCCAUGCGCUCUUGAUCGACGACUGCGCCGUGUAGCCUCUCAUGACGUGUCCAAGCCGCCCGUCUCGAGCACUCACUUCAUGUAUACCGUUGCGUCCAAUACGAGUUUGCACUUUGAGUUUGCACUUUGACGA